GUCUUUACAACAUUGAAAGCUUCAACUAAUCAAAAGGAUAGUUCACAGCAACAGACUGCAAAUCGAGUAUCAUAUUCCCGCAUACUAAUUUUCUUUGAGUACAUAAUCCAAUACAGCUAAUCGAGUCUACCUCGCGACGUCGACACCAACUAUAAACAUGGCAACAGAGGAUGCUCGAUACAGACAGUCAAGCCAAUAUCGGCUGUGGUCCUUCACUCCGUCACAUCUCGCUACCCUUCGCGAGAAAACUAACACCCUCGCGCGAACUCACAUCUCCAAUCGUCUACGUGCCUCAGAUUCGCCUGUAGACCCUUUACCUAACUUUCUAACCCCCGACGAAGAAUAUACUAUCUUGAAUCACUUCACCCUCGAGCUACUGCGCGCCGCUCCUUAUUGCCAACUCCCGACCGAUAUCCAAGCGACCGCUGCCAUAUUUUUACGGCGCUUUUAUCUCACCAAUAGCGUAAUGACAUACCCGCCGCAGGAGCUUAUCAAGACCUGCAUAUUCUUUGGUUGCAAGGCUGAGGGUUACUUUAUACGUGUACAAAAGAUCGCAGAUACCUUUCCGAAUACGACCGGCGAGAUGAUUUUGGCUGCUGAAUACGUUCUGUGCCAGGGCAUACGUUUCGCAUUCGAUGUGAGACAUCCGUUUCGUGCCCUAGAAGGAACUGUUAUGGAGCUCAGAAGACUGGGCGACUUCGACCAGGACAGGAUAAAUCACGCGCAUAAACGAACGAGGGAUAUCUUGAAAUUUAGUCCACUGGUUACCGAUGCAUAUUUCCACUACACACCCAGUCAGAUUAUGUAUGCCGCGCUGGCAAUGGCUGAUGAGGAAUUGGUGCAGCGUAUGCUUCGAGAGGCGUUCGCGGGCCAAGGCGAAGAAGACAAAGCUAAAGUUUGGGGCGUAAUACAAAACUGCAAAGAAAUGCUAGAGAAGGAACCCCCAGAGAAGAUGGCUAGCUAUUGGACAGAUCCGGAAAGUACCAAAGCUAUUAAAGCUUUGCGGAGGAAGCUCAUCAAGUGUAGAGACCCUGAUAGAGCCGAUCUAGUCGCUCUACAGAAGGCGCGAAGAGAGGAGACCGUGCCGAAGGCGAAACCAAAGGUGGGCUCCGAUGCAGAUGAGAAGGUAUUUGGGAAUGGAAUCGGCGAAGGGCGAGACGCGAAAAGACGAAAAGUUGUUCCAGAAGGAGGUGACCCUUUUGGACCUCCCUUAUGAACAUGUCUAUGAGUACCAAAGGAACAAUCCCCUUUAUGUUCUAAGCACGGAAAUUGUUCGACUACCUAAGGUAUGCGCCCUAGUUUAUCCCGACCGACGGCUAUGGUAGUGAGAGCCUCUGAGAGAAAUGAUACUCUCAUUUCACGCUAGGAUAGAAUUCGGAAAGUUUGCUCUUAACAACUAUAGAGCGCAAUAGCAUCGCUGAGAGACAUCACUUAUAGUGUGUUGUUAUGAACUAAAGCCCGUUA